GUAUGUAAAUGGGAGUGUGUAACUUCCGGAACACAAAACAUACCGGUUUCUCCACUGUAAAAUAUCCUGGCAGGUUACUGCAGGUUCUGCGUAUCUCUUUUACUGACAAAAGUGAUACACACCCACAAAUAUCAUCAGAUGUUGAGAUCAUCUUUUUCAAAAUAUUAAUCUACUCAAAACACCUGGAGCAAGCCAUCGCUGGUGAAUACUUUUGUGCGAUCCGGCGGAAGACCGGUUCCACUCUAGUUCCUGUACUAACAGCCGCUCCGACUCGAGGCCUGGUGGACGAGCAAAUCGGCAUCAAGGCGGAUUUUCUGCCACCUCGCCAUCCGGUGACAUUGUGCGCCCAAAUGCGCAGCGAGGACGGUGACCUGUGGGAGGCUUUUGGCCACUAUAACACAAGUGCGGAUGGCACUGUCGAAGUGACUAGGGAUCAUUCCGUGGGUGGUUCGUAUUUGGGAUGUGAACCGAUGGGUCUCUUCUGGGCCAUGCAGCCUGCUCCUGGAGAAAGGGAAGGUUUAAGGUUGCGGAUGAGGAAUGUCAAGAUUCCACUCAUAGUAAACAUUUCCUUGUCGGAGGGCCACGUGUCACCUAGAGAGCCAGAGAGCGGCCGACUGGCCGUCGCCACCGCCGAACGUUGGUUCACGGCUCCGGGCGUACAAAGAAUAGACGUUCGCCAAAACGGAGUUGUGGGAACGCUUUUUUUACCGCCGGGCCCCGGCAGCUUUCCGGCCGUGCUGGACUUGUGGGGCAUGGGCGGAGGACUAGUGGAGUACCGCUCAUCCAUGCUGGCGUCCAGAGGCUUUGCCAGUUUCUCCGUGGCCUACAUGGAACACAAGGAUUUGACGGUCCAACUAGAUAUUAGCGGUGCAGAUGCAUAUAUGAAGAAAGCAUUUCAUAUACUUCAGGAUCAUCCUCAGAUCUGCGGCGAUCGAAUCGGUAUCAUCGGUCUCUCCUACGGCGUCUACCUAGGCCUCCGAAUGGCAACCUCCCCUGAUCUGAAUCCGUCCUGCCUGGUUUGUAUAAACGGCCCCGCGGGUAGCAACAAGGAGCUCUCGCAAGUAUUUUGCAAGCCUAAAACAUCUGAAAGCGACCAGAGAUAUUGGCCACGGGAUGAGGCAGGCUAUCUGAGUUUUAGGGACAUGUCAUUACCGGCCAACUACUCCCCUGGCACCCAAGUGAAGAUCGAGAACCUGGCUUGUCCGACGAUGUACAUAUUGGGUGAAGAUGAUCAGAAUUCUCCGAGUACUGAGAAUUCAAACUUGGUAAAAGCGCGCCUCGACCCGGCGGAUUGGCGCGGAAGUCCAUUUGUGCCACCCGAGUUGGAAUUUCUGACAUUGAAUUUUUCGGCAUUCCAAAUCAAAUGUUUGACAUUCAAACUCGGGUGGCGCAGAUCGACUUCCAGAGAUUUGUCUGCACAUUGGAAAGAAUCCAAGCUCCGUUUUUCUGCCCUUCAGAUCGAAGAUGUCCUGAAAGCGGCCGGUAAAUCUCACCUGUAUACACGUUUGUCAUAUCCCGGCGCCGGCCACCUGAUCGAAGUACCUUACACGCCGCACGCCAGACUUUCUGUGUGGAGAAUCAAACCGGAAAAAAUCUUGUCUCUGUGGGGAGGUGAAACGGCGCCCCACGCUGCUGCGCAGGAAGAUUCUUGGAAGAAAAUGCUCCACUUUUUGGACACCAAUCUGAGGGCGUGAACUUCAUUGGCAUCCACGGCUACGGAGGCCAAAUUUUGCCUCACGUGCUUCAAAUUCACCACACGGAAAGUUGUUUCUUUAGCAUUGGCUCUCCAUACAGGUACGGUAGCAGUCCCAGUCGGGGGGGAGGACCAAAAAAUAAAACCCUGUAAAGUGUGUUACUGUUCUAUAGAACAUAAGCUAUAGUUUGCAAAUACUGUAUUUAUGAGGUUGGCUAUUUUUAACAAGGUUGUACUGGAUCAUGUGGGUGGGCAUCCUGUUCCAGCUGGUCUCUGGGAUUUUUCCAUUAAAAAGGCACUAUGACCACAUGUACUGUAUUUAAAACAAUAAAACUGACCAUGAAAUGGGGUGAAGAGUUCUUGGCAUGCUGAAGUGACCAUGGCGAUAAAGGCAACAAACUCCUUGAAGUCAAUCUCCAGGUCGCUGUUCUGAUCCAGGUUGGCAAAGAGCUCAUCUAGUUCCUUCUUGUGCAUUUUCUGUUCAAGUGACAGAUGACAGUGUGGCUUUUCAAACGCCAAGCUUUUACUUUACAACAAUGGUCUUGAACGAACAUCAUGUUGUUUCGAUGAUUCGAAGCUCCAUCAGAGCAGAGGUAUGAAUCGUUACUUUCGUAACCAGCAGAAAGGACUGUUGCUAAAUCUCACCUUUAUGAAAUGACUCAUCUCGUUGUGGAUGAGCGCCUUGAGCUCGGCUUUUUUCAAGUGACCCUUUUCACCCGAAUAUUUCUUAAACGCUCGUAUAAUGGUGACCAUGCCGCUCUCCAAGUUGGACAUGCAAUCCUUUGAGAUCUGUUAUAGAAAUAUGAUCACGCAGUUACCGAGUGACCUGAAAACAA